AUGACAAAUGCACUGAAAAGACGCCGAAUUGGGGCCUCAAGCUCAACAGAGACAUAUAGGGAUGCUAUUCCUUUGCCCGACAGUUUUGCAACAAUCCGUUCCAGUGAAGGCACGGCGGAGGGUAGAGUCAAUUAUUCUACUAUUCUUUCCGCUGGAGCGUGGGACGAGGCUACAUCUUGGAUACCUCAAGACGACAAUAUGUAUUCCUUGAUGCCGGAUAGUACUGGUUUCGACCUUGCUGUAGAAGGCGACUUUAUGGAUGGAGAGGACGAUGACAUUGUGGUGCCUAAUGCAGAGGGCGAACAACAACAAGACGAAAUCCAGUCCAUACCAAUAACACCCGCUGUGCCCGGUGUCAAGGCAAAACAAAGUUUGGUAUCACAAUGGAACGGCUCAAGUUUUGUAGACGUUACGCUGAAGGAGCUAGGUCUGAUCAUCCAGUUGAACCAUGCUGGUGCUUACUGCGAUAACCCAAUUCCGUGUCAUUCAAAAAUGUUGAUUCUGCAUACGAACGGCAUCCAUUCGUGCAACAUUCAGUACUGCGGCUGCUCAAGGGCUAUUCCUCCACACCUCCAGCUUCUUCGUCGGCGUAUAUACCCAGCAACCCAGCUAGCUAUGAAGAGUUGUGCAACAUUUGAACUCCUUCGACAUUUACAUCGACUUGCCCUCACAACAAAGGCCUCUACCUACGACUUCUAUCGAUGUCUUGAAAAGUCGACUACAAACCUUGGUAUUGAUGUACCAAAGUCACGAUACAGGGCUCUCAUGAGGAUGGUUCUCCAGUGGCGGCAUUUACAGAUGCUGAAGUGGGCAGGCCGAGGACACGAUGAACGGGGAGCGGCAGGUACUUUACCUGGAGAAUUAAUGGUCAAAUGUCCAUCUUGUCCGCACCCUGGCAUCAAUCUGCCAGAUAACUGGCGGGAUGCUCCUGAUAAUAUGAAGUUUUUGUAUGCGGUCAUGAUUUGCCUAGAUGCAAACUUCAGAUUAAAAAAUCAAAUGGUUUCAAAUUACUCCCAGGAUCCAGGGCUGGGCUUGGGUCUGGCGUACAUGAUCCACCGAACAAAGUAUGAGGCGUACGUCAAAAGUAAAGCAAACGAAAACGAUAUAAGCACCUGCGUAGGUUUUCAGGCACUUGCUAAGGCAAACAGCAAGUUUUCGAAGGGCCUGAGAUAUACCGGAGUGGGAAUGGGUGUGUGCGGCAGAUCAGAAAUGAUUUUAGGAGUUGGAAAUCUUCAUAAGGAUGAACGCUAUGCCAACAUGGACUAUAUUUUUGGGACGAUUUUAAAGGCCCUCACUGUCGUCUCCGUUCUUGCCAGUUAUGACAUUGCCUGCCAAUGGUUCCUCAACCUUCUUAGGAGAAUGCAGGAAGACUGGCCGCCUGAAAUCAAACCAUCGUCGGACAUGAGGUUUACUCCCGCAAUCCCGAAACUUCAUGCUUCUAUGCACAAACAGUCUCAUGCUAACCACGAUGUCUACUCGUUGAACCUCAUUCCUGGGGCUGGUCAAUCUGAUGGAGAAUGCCCUGAACGUGUGUGGGGCCCGCACAACCCUGUUGGAAAUGCCACAAAAACCAUGGGCCCUGGUGCCAGACAAGACACUCUCGACGACCAUUUUGGCUUCUGGAAUUGGUUAAAGUACACGUCUAUGCGUAUCACUCUACUUAAGAGAUAUCGACGGGCAGUCGCGGAUCGAAAUGCUCAGGUUGAAGGACAUCGUGGUCUGACCGAAUCUGUCAAAAAGGAAAAUCCGCAGCUGAUCGAUGUUUGGGAGAAAAUGUGCAUUGAGUGGGAAUUGGACAAGUUUCCGAAGGACAAGAAGAAAAACCCUUACUAUAUGCCAAGUAUAACGUUAAGCGAAGCUCAGGUGAAGAAAGACCUUGCAGAGAAGGAAGCCAAAUUUCUGGCACAGGGUGGCUCAUUCCAGCAUGCCACAACAUCUUCGAUGUUUAUAUCCCUUGGAUUGGAGCUUGAAGAAGCCCAACGACGUGUCAGACGUCUGGCAAAGGGGGUAGGACCUCAUUCAACAAUCCGGCAGGCAGGGUCUUUGACCGAACAACGAAACAUUCUCUCAACUCGUAUUCGGGCAUGGGAGCAGCUCUUGCCGGUCUACAUACCAGGAAUUGUCCAGUAUCAAACAGACCAUCCGAUUACGACCAAGACUAGCUACGCUGAAGACGCCGUUCUCUAUCUGCCCUCAUCAAUUCCAGAACCCUGUCGAUCACGAAUCUGUACCCCCGGACUUGCCAAUAUUGAGAAGGAGCUGCGGUUUGCCCAGAUGUCAGACUCGCUGGCGUCGAUUCGGCAAAUUCUCAUCAUCAAAUCGAGAAUGAUUGAUUUCAAAAAUAAAAACAUUCGAGGACAGCGAGACGGUACACGAUCGACUACAGUAAUCGAUCGCGUCCACGAGCGAGCACGUUUUGCGGCCUCAAAGUAUCGGUCUGCACGAGCUGCACAUUUGGCGUUAGCAGGAGAUGGUGAUUGGGAAAACACGUACCGGGUGUUGGAGGAUAAGGAUGUGAGGGGUUAUCAGGAUCCAGACCGAUUACGACCUCGUGUAGGACGUCAAGGCAUAUACGAAGACGGGCAUGAGCCAUCUUUGAAUGUUGAGGUUGAUGAAGAUGACGGUAUAAACCUUGUGAAUCAGCUGAGAAAUAGGAGAGAUGGAACAGGACAGACCAGAAGAACCCUAUCAUGGAUAUGGACAGUCACAAUGGGCGUUCGAACGGAGGAGGACCACGACGACAUUCUGCGAGUGGAGUGGGCGAAGAGUUGUGCUCGGGUUAUGCGUGCCAAGGAGGAGGUGUUGCUUUUAAAAGAGGAAAUGCGGAGAACAUUAGCGUUUCUGAAGUACAAAUCAGACUGGUGGGUAGAGCAACAGUCGGCACUUCCAGGUGCUCCAAAGGAUUUGGUGGAAGGAAUAUCUGCAUUUGCAAUAUCCCAGGCUGAGAUCCAAACAUCCCUCGCGAACCACUUUCGAAAGCUAUGGGCGGCACCUUUCAGUGAGAAUGUUGAGGAGGAUGUCGACGAAGAUGAGGACGAGGUAGAGGAGGUAGAGGAUGUACCUCUAGAUGAAGACGAGGAAGAUGAAUUUGAGAACGAGACAGAAGAGCCCCUGUAG